AUGCUUCCCCCAACAACGCAGCUGGCGGACUUUGGCCUGUCCAAGAUCUUGAAGGAGUCCGAGCGCAUGGUCAACCACAGCGGCGCCGGCACCGUGACGCACCUGGCCCCUGAGAUGUUCAAGGCCGGGUCACAGCUCACCACAGCGGUCGACGUCUACGCCUUUGGGGUGCUCAUGUGGGAGCCCCUCGCCUUCCACCCCUCACCCCGCGAUACGCCACGCCCCUGCUGCCAACCCCCAAAGAUCUACACUGGCAGCCGCCCUUUCCACGGCCUCACCCGCGAGGUCGUCAUCGACGCAGUGCUCAACCACGGCGCCCGCCCCACCUUCCCGCCCGGCACCCCACGGCCAUACGCCGCCCUGGCCCAGCGCUGCUGGGCCGCCGCGCCGCGGGACCGCCCCGCGUUCGAAGAGAUCGUGGCGGCGUUGCAGCAGGCGGCGGCGGGCCUGCAGGCGGACGCCGCGGCGGCCGCCGCCGCGCAGGCGCAGGCGCAGGUGCUGGCACACGCGCAAGCGGCCAUGGCGGCGGCGCGGGCUCGCGCGGCACCGGCGCUUGGGCGAGGAGCGGCGGCGGCGCCGGCGGCGCAGCUGGCAGGGUAUGCUACGCACGCCAGCGCGGCCCAGGCGCGGCGGGACGCGGCGCGGCCCCGCGCGGCGGGGACUGGGCUUGGUUCGUCGGCAGGGGCGGCUGACGUGGCGGGCCCGGCCGCCAGGGCCUAA